AUGGAAGUGACAGACGUAGACGGAGUUCCUACGCAUGUCUUUAGUCUGGAGGCGUCUCGAGGCAACGACUCUCUCCUCUACAUCAUCCCUGGGAGCCCGGGGAUGGCUCACUUCUACGUCCCCUUUGCCUCGCGGCUCUUCCAGCUGGGCGGGGGAGCGUACGGCGUUAGCGUAGUCUCGCAUGCUGGACACUCUCCAGGGGUGUACAAGACCCCACUACCACCGUCACAGGACGAGCAAGGAGCUACUAGAGACUGGUUCUCCCUGGAGGAUCAAAUCUCCCACAAACUUGCUUUCCUCCGAGACAGAGCAGAGCAGAAGAAAACCCUGUACCUCGUGGGCCACUCCAUUGGUUGCUACAUGAUUCUAAAGAUGCUGAAGCACAUCGCCCCUUCUCGACGUCCACUGUUCACCACAUAUCGAUCUCCUUUCGUUGGCACUGUUUGGCUCUUGGGAAGCAUCCCAGAGUUUGUCAAACUCAAAGUCCUGAGGCAGUGGUUCUCUAGCUCCCCUCCUGAGCAUGUGGACUACAUGUGCAGGGCAGUAAUGAACAUUGAUAGCAGGAGCAUAUACAAUAUCCUCUCCAUGGCUGAUCAGGAAAUGAAGGAGGUAGUGGACUUGCCUGUGGACACUAUUAGAGAGGUUAUAGACAAGCUAGUCUUCUACUAUGGAGUGAGGGACAAGUGGAACAGUGAGAGGAUGUAUGAGGAGAUGGUGGAGAGGUUCCCUGGGAAAGAUAUCAACCUCUGCAAGUCUGGCUACUCACAUUCGUUUGUCAUCGACUCCUCCCAUCCAAUGGCUGAAUACGUUUUCAACAAACUGCCAAAAGAUGAAUGA